AUCAAGGAGCCUCUUCAUCAUGUGCCACAUCCCAGUGUUCUGCUGGAUCUCAGCCGCUGUUCUGGAGAAGAUGUUGAGUCGAGCAGAGAGUGGAGAGAUUCCCAAGACUCUCACUCAAAUGUACACUCACUUCCUGACGGCACAGAUUAACAUUAAAAACAUGAAGUACAAUGAGAAGGACACUGACAAAAAGAUGAUUUUCAAACUAGGUAAACUGGCAUACAAAGAACUGGAAAAAGGCAAUGUGAUCUUCUAUGAGGAAGACCUGAGAGAGUGUGGCAUUGAUGUGACAGAAGCAUCAGUGUACUCAGGAUUGUGCACUCAGAUCUUCAGAGAGGAGUUUGGCUUGUAUCAGGGGAAAGUCUUCUGCUUUGUUCAUCUGAGCAUUCAGGAACAUCUAGCUGCUCUAUAUGUGCACCUCUCCUGUACAAACCACAACAGAAAUGUGUUUGACAAAAUCACCAAACGAAGUUUGUUGUCUAAAAUGAAGAACUGGUUUCAACUAAAUUCAUCAGAACAUGUUUCAUUAUCUGAGUUGCAUCAGAGAGCUGUGAAUGAGGCUCUACAGAGUAAAACUGGUCAUCUGGACUUUUUCCUGCGGUUUCUUCUGGGUCUGUCAGUGGAGUCUCAUCAGAUUCUCCUACAAGGACUAAUGAAACAGACAAGAAGCAGCUCUGACAGCAAUGAGAGAACAGUUGAGUUCAUCAAGAAGAAGAUCAGGAGCAAUCGAUCUCCAGAAAAAUUUAUGAAUCUGUUCCACUGUCUGAAUGAACUGGGUGAUCAUUCACUAGUGGAGGAAAUACAACACUAUCUGACAUCUGGAACAAUAAAGGAAGUCAAACUUUCUUCAUCUCAGUGGUCAGCUGUAGCUUUUGUGUUGUUGACAUCAGAGAAGGAGCUUGAUGUGUUUGAUCUCAAGACAUUUGUUGUAGGAAGCGAUAAAGCAGAAAACAUGAAAGUUUUUCAGAAGCUGCUGCCUGUGAUUAAAGAAUCCAGAUCAGUUCACAUAAGUGAUUGUGGUCUCACAGAUGAAGGUUGUGCUGAUCUGGCUUCAGCUCUGAGAUCGAACACUUCACACCUAAGAGAAUUGAAUCUGUCUUGGAAUAAACUAGGAAGUUCUGGUGUGGCACUUCUCUGUUCUGUACUCAAGAAUCCUCAGUGUAAACUGGAGAAACUGUGGUUGUGGGAUUGUGGUGUCACAGCUGAAGGUUGUGCUGCUCUGGCUUCAUUUCUGAGCUCAAACCCCUCACAUCUGAGAGAACUGGUUCUGUCUUGGAAUAAUCUACGAGAUUUGGGUGUGAGGGUUCUCUGCACUGGACUUAAAGAUUCUCACUGUAAACUGGAGAAACUGUGGUUAAGAGAUUGUGGCAUCACAGGUGAAGGUUGUGCUGCUCUGGCUUCAGCUCUGAGAUCAAACCCCUCACACCUGAGACAUCUUAGCCCCUUUAAAGACUCUCAGUAUUUAGACGUCAGUCCAGUUUCCUCAGGAUCAGCUGCUACAGAGACACACAGUCACACGAUCAACAGAGACUCAAGACACAGAGACACACAGUGA